AUGCUUCGUAAUAAAUCACCAAAGGAAUUGAUCAAUAUAUCACGAAACUUGGUUCAACCUCUCCUCCCCCACUUCCACAAAGGUCAAUCAGGCAAGGUCACUGUAAUAGGAGGCAAUGAGGAUUACACAGGAGCUCCGUUCUUUGCUUGCCAUUCAGCAGCAUUAGUAGGUGCUGACUUAUCCCAUGUUAUAUGUGAGCGCCAUGCUGCCCCCGUUAUCAAGUCAUAUCUGCCUGACUUGAUGAUUCAUCCAUACUUGUAUGAUUUGGAUAAUCCUGCUAUCAAAUUGGCACAAGCGGAAAUCGACCAAUUGAGAAAAACCCCUUUGAAGGAUGUGAUAACUGAUGGAGCCCUACUAAAUUCUAUAAUUGAUGAUUUGGUUAUGCCGAAAGUGAAGGGAUUGCUUGCCAGAACCGACAUUGUUGUUGUAGGACCUGGGUUUGGAAGGGAUCCAUUAAUGAUGAAAUCAUUGGUUCGCAUUAUUGAUGAAAUUAAACAGAUGGACUUGCCGAUCAUCCUUGAUGCUGAUUCAUUAUUUCUAAUUUCCAUUUAUCCAAACAUUAUUCUGGGCUAUAAGAAGGCCAUAAUUACUCCGAACGUUGUCGAGUUUGAUCGUAUUGCAAAGACAUUGGGAAUUGACUCAAGCAUAUCUGAACAAAACGUCAAUACACUUAUUGAAGAAACGCAAACCAUGAGCAAGAAACUAGGAGUCACUGUGAUCAGGAAGGGAAGACAAGAAGUCAUUGCCUACCAGGAUACUUAUUUGGUGAAUGACUUCUCAGGAUCUAGUAGAAGAGUUGGCGGACAAGGCGAUACCCUUACAGGAUCACUAGCUACGUUUGUCAACUGGUCAUAUAACUAUCUUGACAAAGUAUGGGACACAAAGGGAGAUAUUCUGGAGGGUGAUGCCCAAGUUCUUGCAUGUUAUGCUGCAUGCUCACUUGUAAGAAGUUCAGCGGCCAAGGCGUUUGCCAAGCAUGGAAGAGCGAUGCAGACUACAAACGUCCAUGAAUGCUUACCUACUGCAUUCGCUGAACUAUUUGAAAGUAACCAAAAAGCAAAUAUUUAG